AUGGGUUUAGCAUCUAUCGACCUCGAUUUCCCAAUUCGUGUUUCCCAGACUCACGAGUCUUACCCGCCCGCCGAUGACCUCCACCGAUACUGGAGGAGCCAUGAAGAUGAAGGAUAUCUUGAGCGGUACUGGCCCGACGACCACGAUCACGAUGUUUGGGUCAGCAACAUCCGCCAAGUUCUGACGCACCAAUUCCCCGAGUUUGCAAACGCCGAGAUCCAAUACUUCGCCAAAGGGACCUUCAAUCGUCUGUACAGCCUCACCCACGCCAGUUGGGAGAAAUCCUACAUCUUUCGAGUCUCUAUUCCUGUCGAGCCCUUCUUCAAGACCGAGAGCGAGAUUGCGACAAUGGAAUAUGUCCGGCAGCACACUACGAUGCCCAUUCCCCGGGUGAUUGCCUUCUCCUCGAGCGACGCCAACGAGCUCGGAUACGAAUGGGUCUUGAUGGAGAUGAUGCCCGGCGAGCCCCUGCGUACAUUGUGGGGUGCCAUGCCCGAUGCUGCCAGAGUUAAGGUGUUUGCCGAACUUGCAGUCCAUGUCAAACAGCUGGUUGCGCUGCGAUUCAGCAAGUUUGGCAGUCUUUACUUUGCUGACGUUUCCGACCAAGUUCUUCCUCGCAAUGUCUCGUCCCCAGUCAAGGAAGGUAAUGACGACGAGGUUGUGGAUAAAGACAUCGGCCCUGGCGGCCGUUUUGUUCUUGGCCGCAUCGUCGCCCAAGACUUCUUCUUCGACAAGCGAGUGUACUACCCUGGCUCCCGUGGGCCAUUCGAAACAACCCGGGAAUUGGUUGAUAUGCGGUUGGAACUGCUCGAAAGACGACUUCGGGAGCUAUCUCCCGUUGAAGGGGCGGCCUGGUACUGCGAGAAUGACCGGGAAUUAGACAAAAACAAGGACCGUGUGUACGAGCUUUUUGAGCAGCUCAAGGCCUUGGUACCGCGCCUCGUCCCGCACGAUAACGGACCCGAAGAUGUUGGUAUCCUUUGGCAUGACGAUCUUUCAGAGCACAAUCUCCUCCUCGACCCUGUUACGUUCAAGCUCACUGCCGUCGUCGACUGGGAGUCUGUGAGCGUCAUCCCCGCGUACGAAACCUACGAUGCGAGACCAGCGUGGCUCUCCGACAGGGACUGGAGGCCAACGCCCCUGGUUCAGCUCGCUCGAGGCAUCCCGCCCAAUGAUGAGUUUAUCACGGCUGAUAAGUUGCGGCGUGUGGGAGAGAUGGGCCCGGCUCGAGAGGCAUACCACCGGAUUGUCGGCUCUCUUUAUGCCACCACCUCGCCAGAGACCCAACAGAGGGUUAAGAACAAACAAGGGAUUGCGAAGCAGCUGGAGAUUGCAACCUUUCAGCACCGGCCGUGGUGGACCGCAACUUGGAUGGCUGAGAAUGGUUUCUUCUGCAAUGGCCAGGCGGUCGACACCGCCGACACCGUCGACAAACCCGCCGACCCCGUUCUCCAGAACGACGUCAUCAGUGACGUACAGGCCUAA